UCCUUUCCUGCUCCCCUGUUCUCUGUGGCAUCCAUCGCUUCCUACAGUGACUUUGUGCCUGGCUGCGAGCUGUCUGGGGACAAGGAUGAGUGAAAGGGCCGUGCAGAACUGGAACGCAGGCCACUGGCUGCUGGCGCUGUGCCUGACGUGGCUGUGGACCCUCCUGGCUUCUGCUUCCUCUCAGCCUCCAACUGCCACAGUCCUUGUAAAGCAGGGCACCUGUGAGGUGAUCGCUGCUCACCGCUGCUGCAACAGGAACCGCAUCGAGGAGCGCUCCCAGACCGUAAAAUGCUCCUGCUUUUCCGGCCAGGUGGCUGGCACUACGCGGGCACAGCCCUCCUGUGUGGAUGGUGCCCUCUUGACUGCCGGCUGUGCUCGCAGAGAGCUUAGAGCUGCACUCUGCCUCCUGCCCCAACAGCCUCCAUCGUCCUGCAGAGGUGGUGGUGUCAGAUGGAGCCCUGCCUGCCAGGGGAGGAGUGUAAGGUGCUCCCGGACCUGUCGGGAUGGAGCUGCAGCAGUGGACACAAAGUCAAAACCACUAAGGUCACACGAUAGCUCUUAGGGAUCACAGCCUGGACAGGAGAAGCUUGCUUGAGCCUUGGACUGAAGAAUGGCAUCCAGUCAUCACCCAGCAAAUUUAGAGAUUCACUCACCUGGACUCACUCUCCAUGUCAAAUUCAGCAUUACCUCUCUUGAUUUUAAUCAAGUCGCUAAGCAGAUAUGGAUGGAUCUCCAACCGCAUAUCUAGAAGACUGUGCUCUGCUAGAGACAAAGAAGGUCAAGACACAAUUCCUGCCCUUAAGGAAUAUCCAGUUGAGUUGGGGAAUUGAAGACAGAUAAUUUAGGUCAUUGAAAGUCUAUGGCACCAUGACUUCUGAACCACCUGCUGUGGGCAUGGUAGGAGUUUGGGGAUGAAAUUUUUGAAACUCUUUGGGUACUCUCUGGUCAUAAGGCACAAAGAUGAGAAUUCACACUCAUCAGCACCUUUCCAUCCAUCCUGAUUCCCUGGUAAACUGCUAACAAGUUGAAGGAAAGCAUUCUCCCUUAUGCCAGGUCAGUGGUCUCUCAUUUGGAUGGGAUUGGGGAAGGAAAGCAACGAUCGUGACAACUUUCCAGCAAAGCAUCUGUGGAGUCAUGGCAUAUUUGAGCUGUUUGUUGGGUAUGGAAUGCGCAGAUCCUUAGAAUCAGCCUCAUCCAAGCACCUCAGGUUUCUGUUCAUUUCCUUAUUGUAACAGAUAAGAAAGCUGGAUGUGGUGGCGCACACCUAUAAUCCCAGCAACUCUGGGGCUGAGGCAGGAGGAUCACAAGUUUGAGGACAGCCUGGGAAAUUUAGCAAGACCCUGUCUCAAAAUAAAAAGAGCUGUGGGUGUAACUCAAUGGUAGAGUACUUGCCUAGCAUAUGUGAGGUCUGGGUUUGAUUCCCCAGCAUUAGAGAGAGAGAGAGAGAGAGAGAGAGAGAGAGAGAGAGAGAGAGAGAGAGAGGAAGAAACUGAGCCCCAGAGUUCUGAGAUUGAGAUGAUUAUCCCAUGAGCUCACAGCCUGGUCUCUCAAAUCUCUAAGACUGCAGCCUUUCACUAGUGUGGACAUUGGGAUUCCAACCUGGACCUUCCUUGUUACUUUGAUCUCAGCGCCUGACCCUGUAAAGCAUUGGCUGGACAGUAGCAACAUUUUUCUUGGAACAUGCUAGACACUUUGACCAAGUUUACUGUUCUCCUAUCUGCAAUAACCCAGAAUCUUCACACUCCGGGAUGUAGAGUUACUUUGUCUCCACUCUGCCCUAAGUCCCCCAAAUUCCAAAUAGGUUCCAUGAUAACACAGAGGUCACUCAGCCCACUUGCAGUGGGGGCGCUUGGUUGGCAUCCCCAUUGCCUGCUCUGACCUGUCUCUUUUGUGGUCUUUAGCCUCUGACACUCUCAGAGGUUCCAGUUCUAGGAGAAAGUCUGGGAGGAGUGUAGGGCUGGCCAAAGUCCUGUCCCUUCAAAGUUACCUGCUGAGGUGGUAGGCUGGAGCCUUUGUCUAGGGCUGAGGGUCAGCUGGCACCAUAUGAUAGCUUGGAUGCAGCCUCUGUGACGGUGGGGAUCACCAGGGCUUUAGUGGGUAGGGUGUCUUCAGAAACCAACUGGGAUGAUGCCACUUUCUGAUCCUCAAGAAGGCAAAUAAGAUGAUUUGGGACUAGUCUCAGUUCCUCCCUCUCUGCCUACCUCUUUAUACAGUAGAACCAAGACUGAUGUGUCCCUCACCCCACCCUAGUGUAUUUUUUCUUUUUCUUUCUUUUUUGUUAAUGGGGUGAACAAUAGUGCCAGCUUCUCGCUGGACUGUAAAUAUCAGUGCUCUGACAACUAUAAUCUCUGCAUACAGGGGGCUCUCAGGUGGGGUUAUCAGGGAGCUGAUCAAAGCCGUCCUUACCUCCUUCAAGGCUGAGAAAGGACCUGGAGGAGGGAGUAAGAGGAUGACAUACUAUUCCUGGAAAGAGCUAGACAGUAAAUAUUUUAGGCUUUGCAGACCACAGAAGUCUCUGUUGCACAUUCUUUGUUUUCGUUGUUUGAUUUAAAAAAAAAAAAGAAAAAAACUUUCAAAAUUGCAAAAAACAUUAGCUCAAAUACAAAAAACAACUCUUGGCCUUUUUUAGAAGGUUACUAAUCCCAGUGAACCUCUGAAGUCAGGCCAUGUCUGCAGCUUGGGAUGGCUUCUCAGCCUCCUGGCCUGCCCUGGGUGCAAUGGAAACCUGAACUUGAGGGCAGGGGUGGGUUUUGUUUUUCUCUGAAUGCUCCUUUAGGGGUAUAUAAGUUAAUUAUUUAGACUAUAAGUGAGACAACUUUAGCAGAGUCAGGCAAUAAAAGCCUGCUCUUCUGGAGGCCAGGGUGUGGAUUCCUCCAUUCCCUCCCCACCCUCAAGACUGUGUCUAGGAGGGAGGACAGAGCUCCAGGCCCCUGCUCAUCAUAAGCCAACCAGUGCCAGCCUCUGCACCAGCCAACCUCAUUCUCCUACCUUCCCUGGCCUCCCUCACCCCUGCUCAGAGGAGACUGCUUUCCUUUGACACAUGCUGGGAUCUGGUAGUUUAUUUUAUUAGCUCCUCAAGGCCCCAUUUCCUCCAAACCUAUUCAUAUAUUUAUCUGAAGGGCUUUGAAGGGUAUCCUUUGCAUGGCCAGAAAAGCCCCACAUGAAGGAUCUGAUGGAGAAGGUGUCCCACUUUCCAAUAGUAGCUCCCUGGGAUCUUGUUUCCAGCUAAGUCAAUAUUUGUGUGCAUUUUGUAGCUGUACAAUGACAGCCUAGAAUGUAAAUUGGUUUCCCUGGAUUGUCUUCCUCCUCUCCCCUUAGUGUGCUGGGCUCUCACAUCCUCUGAGUUCACACGCACCCUCUGCCCCUCAUCUGUGAAGGCCUUAGGAAGGUUGCUAGUUACAGAUCACAGAGCAGAUUUCUGUGGCCUCCUGGCAGUUUCCUUAAGGUCUGUGAGUGACAUCUUAAUUAAUGGCCCCAGACAGUUGCACAGAGUUGAUGCUGUAGCUUCCUAAAAUCACAAACUCAUAGCUGGAAGGGAUUUCAGGGGCCAGUUAGUUAACUCGCUCAUUUAUUAGAUAAGGAAAGGGUGGCUUGGAGAGCUUAGGUAAUUUUCCCAAAGAUACACAGCAGACUGCUGGCUUGUUCUGCCCAGUGACCCACCCAGACAAGUGAUCUUUUCAUUACUGCACAUCACUUCUUACCCCAGAACUGAUGAGGGACCUGCAAAGUAGUUAUCAAGAAUGAAUGUGAAGCUAGGUGCUGUGGUGUACACCUGUAAUCCCAGCGGUUCAGGAGGCUGAGGCAGGAAGAUCUAAGUUCAAAGCCAGCCUCAACAUUUAGCAUGACCCCAAGCCACUUCCUGAGACCCUGUCUUUGAAUAAAAUAUAAAAUAGGCUGGGGAUGUGGCUCAGUGGUUAAGCACCCCUGGGUUCAAUCUCCAGCACAAAGGAAGAAAAUGAGGAGAGGGAGGGAUGAAGAAGAAGAGAAAGAAGGAGGAGGAGAAUUAUUAACAUGAAGGAGUCUGGACACUUUCAUGGCUUGAGUGCAAGAGGACAGAAGAAAAAUGGAAACAUUUAGAGAUACACACACAGAAAGAGGGAAGAAGCAGUCAGGUUCAGUGGGGCACACUUGUAAUCCCAGUGACUGGGGAAGCUGAGGCAGGAGGACCACAAGUUUGAGGUCAGCCCAGGCAACUUAGCAAGACUCUGUCUGAAAAUAAAAAGUAAAAAGGGGUGUGGAUGUAACAGUGGUCAAGUGCCCCUGGGUUCAAGCCCAGUACUGCAUCACUUCACCACCACAUCAAAACACCAGAGCACAGAAACAAUAAAACAAAACUAAUGCCACGACGAAGAGAAUUUGAUUUUUACCUUUUCUGGAGGAAACAGAAUGGAGCCCCUGUCAACCCCUGAAAGCUGUGAAGCCAGACCUGAUGGCUUCUAGGUUCUUACACUCUGCUUACAGGAGUCUGUAAA